CCCGAAGCCCGGCAACAAAGAGCGCAGCGCUCCCCUCCUCCCCGGGAUGUAGGGCCCUCCGUGCCCCGCUCCCGGCCCCGCAGCCCUCCAUGCCCCCGCGCUGAGCCCGUUCCGCAUCGCCAUGGGGAAAUCCAACAGCAAGUUGAAGCCUGAAGUUGUGGAGGAGCUGACCAGGAAAACGUACUUUACAGAGAAGGAGGUGCAGCAGUGGUACAAGGGCUUUAUCAAGGACUGCCCCAGUGGGCAGCUCGAUGCUGCCGGCUUCCAAAAGAUCUACAAGCAGUUCUUCCCCUUUGGUGACCCAACCAAAUUCGCCACCUUCGUGUUCAAUGUCUUUGAUGAGAACAAGGACGGGAGGAUUGAGUUCUCAGAGUUCAUCCAGGCGCUGUCUGUCACCUCCCGAGGGACACUGGAUGAGAAGCUGAGGUGGGCGUUUAAGCUGUACGAUUUGGACAACGACGGCUACAUCACGAGGAACGAGAUGCUGGACAUUGUGGACGCCAUCUACCAGAUGGUGGGAAACACUGUGGAGCUUCCCGAGGAGGAAAACACACCAGAGAAGAGGGUGGAUCGGAUUUUUGCCAUGAUGGACAAGAACGCAGAUGGGAAGCUGACGCUACAGGAGUUCCAGGAGGGCUCCAAGGCCGACCCCUCUAUUGUGCAAGCCCUCUCCCUCUACGAUGGGCUUGUAUAGUCCCAGGGCCGAGCGGCGCUUAUGGGGAAGACGCUCUCUGUGCCAUCCGACCACGCAGCGAUGCUUGCCUGCCCCUCUCCGGCCCUCCUCCAUGUCCCACGAGCCA